GCUGGUUCUGGAAAGUCCAAUGCGCCUUCACGUGGCUGUCCACCGGGGAAGGCAUCCGCAUGCAUCGCCGUUUGGAGCGGAGAUCUCGAAAGAUGAUUGAUUGGCUUUGCCCCUGUCGGUAUGCAUAUGAAGCAUUCAUGUACCCGAGGCUGAAACAAUAAAAGGCUUCGGGAUCCUUUCGGUCUACUCUAUCAAUAGAAGAGACUUCUAUCACAAUCUCCGAUAGCCAGGCUUAUACUGUCGACAUGAUUGCGUCAGACAAACAAGGUGACCACACGCUGUGAUGUCAAUCAUGUCUUCAUUACGGCCUCGGGUCUUUCUGCGAAGCGCUUGCGUGUGUUUAUAACAGGUUUGUGGGAUUGCUCGUUGUUCAGCAAGAGCCCGUUCAUCUCAUAUACUCCUCUUAUAAUCCCACCAUGGGCGGCCUUCUCAGCACAAUGUCAGAAGCUGGUGGCCGUGGCGCUGCACACGAAGCCAGUUCCUUCUUUCAAGACGAUAUCCGUGCAAAAUUCAACGAAGCAUCGAGCACGAUGACAACAAUGAGAGAUACACUUGGUACGGCAGAUACCUGCAUCAGUACCGUCAAAUAUUGCUGGGAAAUGUCGACCAUUAUCUCUGCAUCUUGCACUGCCUACCAGACCUGGGAUGAAGCUAGAUCCAAGGCUCGCCUUGCCCAGCUUGGAGAAGAAAUCGCCAAUAAUGUCAAGCACAUUGACCAGGCCGUCAACAUUGGAGUCAAUCUGGACGAGCCUGAAAAGCUCUCUCAGCACGUUUACUGUGUGUCAGAGCGCCGCAUGAAGGAGAUGAAUGCUACGACAGGUCAGGGGUACUUUUUCGUGUUCCAUCCCGGCAACAACUGGCAUUCCGAAUUCGAAGCUAAGCUUAGUAAAGACCCCCUGCCUGGUCUCUGCGGCAUCUUCGACAAUAUAGCAACCAUGGCUGCCAUCCUUCUCAAAUUCAGAGAGGUUGUCGGUCCGACCCCUGUCUUCUACAUUUUGGUCCCUACCGCACACGUCUACGUCGUUCCUGAUCAAAUGGACCUUCCCACCCAGCUCGAGCCUUUCAAGAUCUUUGGCGAAAGGGGCAGGAAUCAACAACCGUUCGUGUACCUAACUGGUGGUGACGAAUGGGAGCAACACGUUUUCGAUGUUGGCGUUCUCGAGAGUCCGCGUGCUACACCCACGUUGAAGGAUGGGGACAAGGCUAGGAUGUACAUCGGUGCCGCUGCUGCUGGUGGUGGCGGAGCUGCCGCUGGUAUGAUCUUCGGAUCAGUCCUUGGGCCCGUCGGUACUACCGUCGGUGGAAUGGUCGGUGGGGCAUUGGCCGGUCCGGCUGCGAAGGACGAUAUCAAGAACAAACGAAUAGAAGUGCGUAAGAAGGAAUUGAAGCUGCAGAACGCAACUAUACUAGCCGAACGGGCUGCUAUGAGAUGAGAGGCAAUCGAGUUGGUAAAUGGCGUUGGCGUCUAGACUUCUGGGUGCGAUUUUGUAUUAGAAAGGAAGGCCCUUGCAGCAGUUGUCC